AUGGUGAAAGACAAGCAUACCUCAGAAAAGGCCAGCAAGGGCUCGGCAGGUGUGGAAGAAUUGGCCAGGCUUGAGUGCAGGAUUGACUGGGCAGUUAACCCUCCACCUGUAAAGGCAUCAGAUACUGAUGAUGAGGAACAGGACAGCUCUGAUGAGGAGUACAUCCCUCCACUUUCUCUUCAGUUGGGUGGAGCUUUACCAAAUGUUCCAAAUUUUGAUGCGCUGCCAGUAAUCGGUUUGGAAGAGACUGUGCACGACCUCACUGCAGAUUUUGAGUCCGAACCAUCUACAGAUCCUGACAGCUCCACUGCCUCACCAGCUGAUUCAAAUGUGCCAACUGUACAGAAGGCAGAGGACAUUGUUGGUGCCAAGGCAUCGAUUGUGUAUGAUGACUGCUUGAAGUACCUUGCGGCCUUUGUUACACCACCAGUGAAACAGUGCACAGCAAUAAAUGUGACCGGUGCAACAUGCCAACACCAUCCACCAUUCCUGGUAAACAUCAAAGGGAAAGGCACUGCAAGCAUGUUAGAAUGGAGCUGUGCUGAUGGACACAUUGUGUGGCGAUGGGUUUCACAGCCCUUGAUGAAGUAUGGACUCCAGGCUGGAGACUUUAUGCUGAGCACCAACAUCCUGCUAUCAGGAAACAACUAUGCUAAAAUUGCACUGCUGUUUAGAUUUAUGAACAUGGGCAUUUUUGGCCCAAACUAUUUUUUCUCCAUCCAAGACACAUACUGCGUUGACUCCAUCAAAAAUUACUGGAUGGAAAAAAGGGCAGAUGUGAUUGCAAGACUUCAGGACAAAGAUGUUGUUGUCCUUGCUGAUGGCAGAAACGACACUCCGGGUCACUGUGCGCAGUACUGUAGUUACACUACAAUGGAAAACGACACAUUGGAGAUCAUCAGUGUGGUCACAGUAGACAAAAGACAAACCGACAGACGGUCUGCCAUGAUGGAGAAGGAGGCCUUCAUCUUGACGAUGGAUCAACUAGUCACUGAAGUUAAACUGGUCGAAAUCUGCACAGAUGCCCACUCACAGAUUGGUGCAAUGAUGGAUCCGGUUAAGGGGAGGUACAAGGACCAUAGGAUUCAUCACAGUUUAGAUAUGUGGCAUGGUGCCAAGAAUUUGGCAAAGAAAAUUGCGGCUGCGGCCCAGGUAAAAGAACUGUCUGUCUUAAUCCUUUGGCUGAAAGAUAUCGUAAAUCACUUCUGGUGGUGCUGCAAAACUGCCGACUCCUAUGAAGAGUUCCUGCUUUACUGUGAAAAUAUAAAUUCCAAGUGGUACCCACUGUAA